UUAUCACAGUCUUUGUUGAAUUCUCGUCUCACACAGGCUUGUUAAUGAAAGUGGGACUUCACCUAAAGCAGUGAUACUCGAUGUCGAAUAUUCUGGAUGAGCUGAGAAGUCAGGAAACAAGAGCACCGGGCUCUUCACACCUGCUCCCCAGGGGUAGCGUGGACACAGGAAAUAUUAAGGUGUGAUUUCGAAAGCUAAUUAUGAAAACAUUUAUCAUUGGAAUCAGCGGUGUGACAAAUGGUGGGAAGACAACACUAGCUACGAACUUGCAGAAAUGCCUCCCAAAUUGCGAUGUCAUAUCUCAGGAUGAUUUUUUUAAGCCAGAGUCUGAGAUAGAGACAGAUAAAAAUGGAUUUUUGCAGUAUGAUGUGCUAGAAGCACUUAACAUGGAAAAAAUGAUGUCAGCCAUUUCCUGCUGGAUGGAGAGCCCGAGACACUCUUUGGUAUCAACAAACUGGAAAAAUGCUGAGGAAAUUCCCAUUUUAAUCAUCGAAGGCUUUCUUCUCUUUAAUUAUAAGCCCCUUGACCCUAUCUGGAACAGAAGCUAUUUUCUGACCAUUCCAUAUGAAGAAUGUAAGAGGAGGAGGAGUACACGGGCCUACGAGCCUCCAGACCCCCCAGGUUACUUUGAUGGCCACGUGUGGCCCAUGUAUCUAAAGCACAGACAAGAAAUGCAGGACACCACGUGGGAAAUUGUUUACCUAGAUGGAACAAAAUCUAAAGAGGACCUCUUUUCACAAGUGUAUGAAGAUCUAAUACAAGAACUAACAAAGCAAAAGUGUUUGCAAGUAACAGCAUAAAGAUGGAAUGCAGCAAAUCCUGCCUGGAUUGAAUUAGGAAACUCCAAGGAAUAUAUUUAAGAACCUUAACUAAGAUACAAUAUGUACUUGCUACAAUGACACCUAUUGUUCUGUAUGUAUGUUUUGUAUCAUACAUGGUUCUCUUAACAUGUGGGACAACAAAUAGUCAUGCCAGUGGACAGGAAUCUACAUUAAUAAGUGGCUCCUACUCUAGUGAGUGCAUAGAUGCAGCAGAUCUCCUGAACAAAGAGUCAGAAAGUCUUCACUUUAUAUCUAUUCUAUAGCAGUGAUUGUCAAACUUUUCUGAUUGGGAUCCAGAGUAAGAAAUAGGAAUCACAGGCUGGGCACAGUGGCUCAUACUUGUAAUCCCAGCACUUUGGGAGGU